UCCUCAGCCUCGUCUUCCACAAUCUCACACUCAUCCACAUCCACCAUGGCGACCCAAACACCAUUGAAACCCCAGGAGUCUCUGAACAAGUUCUGGGACGAGCACAUUACCAAAGAUCCGACCAAGAUCACGACCAUCCUCCCUCCCAGCGUAUAUGCGAAUCUUCUACCGCCCAAGCAGAAGUCGGGGGCCAAGACGAGUAACAACGUACUGGAAUCUUACCGAGCUGUCCGCGACGAGUGCUGUGCACGUGUGCAACGCAUCGUGAAAGCAUGUCAUCGCACCAACGAGAAAUUCACGGAUGGUGAAUUCGACAUUGAGCUUGACUGGCGAUCAGGACAGCGCAACUACCAUUACCGAGGAGACGAAGGAAAGUAUUUGCCCGGUAGCGUGCACCGUGUCGACUGGAUCUUCGACAACCCCACCUUUGUGGCCGAUGGCUUUGCGAAAUCCGAAGUACGACAAGGAUACAACAAGAAUUGCUGGUUUAUUGCUGCCCUCUCAGCAGCCUGCAGCAAGCCCGACUUACUCGAAAGCAUAUGCGUCGCUAGAGAUGAAGCCUGUGGCGUGUACGGCUUCGUCUUCUAUAGGGAUGGCGAAUGGAUUUCUACAGUAGUUGAUGACAUGCUGUAUCUACUGUACGCCGACUACACGGGCAAAUUUGAUCCAACGGGGGAGAAGUACCGGAAGUACAAGGAAAAGUAUCAGACAGGUUCCGAUGCCCUCAUCUUUGCAUCGUGUACCAAUCAGAAUGAGACAUGGCUCCCGCUUAUUGAAAAGGCAUAUGCGAAAGUACAUGGCGAUUUCAAGUCCAUCGAUACGGGCUACAGUGGCGAAGGUCUAGAGGAUCUUACGGGAGGUGUCAAUACGACUCUUUUCAGUUAUAGUGUAUUGAACAAAGAUGUCUUGUGGAAAGAGUUGCUCAAUGUCAAUAAGCAAUUUCUGUUCUCGGCAAGCAGCAGAGACGGAACCGAUGACCAACUUCAAGGGCUUUCUUUGAACCAUGCAUACACCAUUGUCAGGGCGGUUGAAGAGAAAGACGAACAAGGGGUGCCACACCGCUUAGUUCUGAUCAGAAACCCUUGGGGAAAGAAGGAAGAUGCUGGCAACGGCGAGUGGGUCGGGCCAUGGUCAGAUGGGUCCAAAGAAUGGACGCCGUAUUGGCUACAGAAGCUCGACCAUACUUUUGGCAACAAUGGUCAAUUCUGGAUGCCUUUCAAGGAGGUACUUAACCAUUUCCCGGACCUCCAUCGCACGAGGCUCUUCGAUAAGGAUUGGUUUAGCGUUCAGCAAUUCACUAGUGUCGGCGUUGCGUGGAUGACUGGAUUCCUCAACACAAAAUUCGAAGUGGAGAUCAAGCAGGCGGGGCCUGUAGUAUUCGUGUUGACUGAGCUCGACGAGAGAUACUUUGUCGGCUUGACUGGAAAAUUCACCUUCUACCCACAAUUCGUUUUACAGGAGAAGAACUCAAGUGGGGAAGACGGCAUAAAGGUGGACGGUGGCAAUUUUUCAGGCGCACGCGGUGUGUCCGCGGAAAUCCAUCUCGAGCCUGGAAUUUACGAAGUUCUGCCUUGGAUCGAAGCAAGCUUCAGUGAGUCGAGAGAAGACGUUUACAAGGCUGUGACUAGGCUGGCGAAGUCGAACCCGGAUAAACUCAGGCAGAUUGGUAUGAAUUAUGAUAUUGCACACGCCAAAGCCGCCAUCGACAACUCCAAGCCCAAAGAAGAGAAGAGCAACAAAGACAACAAAGAUGAAACUGUCCAGAAGGAAGAGGGUCAAGACGAUGCAGGGGAGAAACCGAAGGAGACGCCAACAGAAGAGAAAAACAAUGAAGGCAAUGUCGAGCCCACGAGACCGAAAUCGAAAUCAAAGUCCAAACGCAAGAAGCUGCGAAAGCUUGAAGGCGAAGCUCUAGAGAAGGAGCUCAAAGCCCGUGAGAAGCUUAUGAAGAAAUGGGCCAAAGAAGAGGAAGCGCUGCAGAAGAAGAAGGAGAAGAAGGAGAAGAACAAGGUUGACGACUCCGAAAAACCAUCUCCAGCACCCAGCAGCGAGAAUACUACAAAGGAGACUGAGGACGGUAACGUCUCGGAUGAUGGGAGUGAGGUGGUUGUCAGCACUCCAACCUCCAGCAGUUCGGACCAAUCUCUCGUUAAAGUGGAACUCAGCGAUGCUGCCGGCCCCAAUCCCAGCGAGGACACCAAUGCUAGCGACGGUGUCCCUAAUUCUGGCGACGACACCGCGAAUUUUACCGAAGAAGCCUCCAAAUCCAAUGAGGAAUCCAAGUCCAGCAGCGAUGUAUCUAAGUCCAGCCAAGAUACCUCCAAGCCUGCUGAUGAUGCCACCAAACCCAGCAGCGACGUCUCCGGUCCGAAUGUCGAUGCUUCAAAAUCAACUGAAGAGGCCUCAAAAACUAGCGAAGAAGCCCCCAAAACCAGCGAUGAUGCUUCCAAACCUACCAUAGACAAUCCCAAUCCCGACGCAUCUGCAGACGUAUCCGACUCCUCCGACAGCGACAGCGAUUCAGACUCUGAUUCAGACUCCGAUUCCGAGGAGACCACCUCCCCAGCCCGUUCCACCUCCAAGAAUAACUCAAUAUCCACCAAGUCUGACGACCCCAACAAACCUGAUUCCGCCGUCAUCGAAAACCACGACGGCAUAGCUACUGGGCACACAGCUCCAGCACCUGCGCCAGAGCCAAUACCCCAACCCAAUCCUACUCCCACACCACCAGCCCCAACUCCCGCGCCUGACCCCGCUCCCACUCCAGCUCCAGCGGCUGCUCCCGCAGCAGAUGGCGCCAAGCCGCCGGAACCGGACCCGAAUGCUUGGAAUCCAGUUUGCGUGAUUGGGUUGCGUGUGUAUUCGAAGGAUCCGGAUGUUAGUAUAACGUUGGUGAAACCGGCAAGUGCUGCUCCUGCUGCUACUUCUUAG